AUGAGUUCAGAGCCUAGCAUGAGUGGCUCACAAACACCUACAUCGAAACCACGUAGCAGUGUUCCAUCUUCCCCUCCUGAGGAGUUGGGCGCUGAGGAAUUGUCCGAUUUCGACGUGAAUUUUGCCACCGAAGAAGGAAAGAAGAUAUUUGAAGAAGAGGAGAAGGCACGCAUAGCGAACUUCAAGGCCGAAGAACGAAGACGAAAGGCAAUUGCGAGGAAGAGAACAGAGCACAAUGAAUCGAAGGCGGAACGGGAGGCCAAAGCUAGACAACUAGAUGAACUGCUAAGCAAGAGCGCCGCAUUUGGGGAAGUGCUGGUAGGGAAGACAAGGGUCUUGGGACGUGUUGGGAGUGGGAUGGAUGGGAAAGCAUUGGGGGAACAUGAUUUAACAAUGGCAGAACAACCUAAGUGUAUGGUUGGUGGAACGAUGCGAGAAUACCAAUUAGAGGGUUUGACGUGGAUGUACGAAAUUUGCAUACAAGGAAUGUCUGGGAUCUUGGCAGAUGAGAUGGGCUUAGGAAAGACAAUUCAAACGAUUUCGCUUAUUGCAUUGCUGAGAGAGAAGGAAAGUUAUCUGGGUCCGCAUCUAAUUGUUGCACCGCUGAGUACACUUUCGAACUGGAUUGAGGAAUUCCAGAAAUGGACCCCUAGUGUACCGGUUCUGUUAUAUCAUGGUACGCCACCUCAACGAAAGGAACUUUUUCGCACGCAGAUGAUGAGGCAUAUUAAGGGUGGUCGUCCUGAUGAAAAUUUCCCUGUUGUCUGUACAAGUCCAGAGAUUGUUCUUCGAGAUCAUGCGGAUCUUUCGAAGAUAAAUUGGGAGUUCAUCAUCAUUGAUGAAGGCCACCGGAUGAAGAACUCCGAGUCUAAACUGUUUCAAACACUGAGGACCUUUACAUCUGCUACACGUCUUUUGAUUACGGGAACACCAUUACAAAACAAUCUGAAAGAGCUGUGGUCAUUACUGAACUUUCUUUUGCCUACAAUAUUCACACAAUGGGAAAUGUUCGAAAGUUGGUUCGACUUUAGUGAUUUACAGGAUGAGGAAGGUACCGAGGACUUCAUUGCCGAUCAAAUGAAACAAGAUCUAGUCAAAAAGAUGCACUUGAUUCUUCAGCCAUUAUUGUUGCGACGAGUAAAGGCUGAUGUCGAGCAUAUGCUUCCGAAAAAGCGGGAAUAUGUCCUUUAUGCACCGAUGACAAAGGAGCAGAUGGAAUUGUACAAUAAGAUUGGAGAUAAGACUGCUGACCUGCGGAAGUAUCUGGAGGAAAAAGUAGUGGAAAGAUUGACAGGGGGAAAAGCCAUCGAGAAAGAAUCGAAGAAGUCAGUUGAAACUACAGUCAAAGAUGAAACAAAUCUGGAAGGCUCCGAUAGCGAAGACGAGAAACCACUGGCGCAUCGAAUCAAAAACAAAAAUGCCGCUUCGGAACCUACUCCAAUAAUAAAGAAUGCAUUCCAACAAAUGAUGCCGAAGAGGAAGCCCGGCAGACCGCCUAAGAAUAAAGAUGGUGCUCUGUUACAUGCGCCAGUAGAAAAGGGAAAGCCAGGCAGGAAGCGCAAGUUAAUUGAGGAUUCGCUUCCAUUACCAAUUAGUAAGUCCGCAAAGUGUAGCCGGACUGCAUCACCAGCUGUUAGUGUUCGCAGCAGAGAUUCGCGGGGAAGAAAAGUCUACGAAGAAGCCGAUGCAUCUGAGGAGGAUAAGUUGAGUGAUGAUGAAUUCGAGACAAAACUUGCAGCAGAGUAUGCUAAAAAGGAGGAGGCCGAAAUCAAGAACAAGAACGGGAAUGAAGACGAAACGGCGAAAAUCCUUGAACUUGCAAGAAAGGAGAUUUCUAGUAAAAAGUUGGGAAAUCCUGUUAUGCAGAUGAGAUUGGUUUGCAAUUCUCCUCUAAAUUUUUAUAACCCCUGGUCGGCAGGUUCUGUUAUUCCACUGAACGAGACUCUGGUGACUUCGUCUGGGAAAAUGUUACUUCUCGAUCGACUUCUCCCCUCACUCUUUUCUCGUGGUCACAAGGUUCUCAUUUUCUCACAGUUCAAAACUCAACUCGAUAUCCUCGAAGACUACGCACGUGAAUUGCGAGGCUGGAAAGUAUGUCGAAUCGAUGGAAGCGUUGCGCAAGACUUUCGUCGCCAACAAAUCAAAGAGUUCAACGAGGACCCAGAUUUCAAACUAUUUCUUCUUUCAACCAGAGCCGGGGGACAAGGUAUCAAUCUGGCAAGUGCUGAUACAGUGAUCCUAUUUGAUAGUGAUUGGAACCCACAACAAGAUCUCCAAGCUCAGGAUCGUGCCCACCGUAUCGGCCAAACCAAACCUGUUGUCGUAUUUCGUCUCGCUACCAAGGGCACUGUUGAAGAAAGUUUGCUCAUGAGUGCCGAUGCAAAACGUAGAUUAGAGAAAUUGGUUAUCAAAAAAGGAGGCUUUAAAACAAUGGGACAAAAAAUGGAUACGAAAGAAGGAAUGAGUGCGGAUGCAUUGAGAGCGUUAUUAUUAAAAGAUGGCGAGGUAUACAUGUGCAAAGAAGGCGACGAGAUUCUGACGGAGGAGGAUUUAGAUACAUUGUGCGAUAGAAGUGAUGGGGCUUAUGAAAGAGCGGAGAAGGGUCUGGGAAAUAAGGAUGCCUUUAAGAUCGUGGAGACAAAAGCAAGCGGGUUAAUGACUGGCAUGGAUGAAAAAUAG